AUGGAGACGGUGAAAGCAGCUGAAGUGUCGGUGCCCCCCCAGGCUGACGGAGGCGCUGACGGGGAGGCGGCAGCUCCUCCUGCAGCCUCCUCCAUCUCCAGCCCCAUGGAGGAGUUCAAGAGACGGCUGGAGGACAUCCUCAGCACGCACGGCUCUGCGGCCGGCCUGCUCGACCAGCAGGUUGUGAUGGAGGACGAUACCGAGAAGAUGAAGAAGGAGCCAAAAGGUGACAUCCCUGUCGCCAUGGAGACAGAAGUGUGUCUCAUCAUGAAGAGUCUGAACAAGCGCUCUCCUCCAGAGAAGAAACUCGAAGACGUGGUCAAGAAAUAUGCUGAGAUGGCGGUGCUGCGGCGCAGUGAUGAGAAGAAGCUGUGUGUGCUACAGCAGAAGCUGUGUGUGCUGCUGGACGAGCGGCAGCAGCUGCAGGAGGAGAGUCGCAGCAGCAUCACGGCUCGCAGCGAGCUGGAGACUCUGUGCAGAGAGCUGCAGGGACACUACACCGUGCUGAGGGAGGAGACCCUCCAGCGCUGCAGGGUGGAUGAGGAGAAGAGGACGGAGAUCACCGGCCACUUCCAGAACAUGCUGACGGAGAUCCAGGCUCAGAUCGAGCAGCACAGCACCCGGAACGACAAGCUGUGCCACGAGAACAGCAACCUGACAGACAAACUGGAGGGUCUCAUGAGCCAGUGUGAGACCAGGGAGGAGAGUUUGGAGAAGAUCAACAAGCACCGCGACCUGCAGCACAAACUGACUGAAGCCAAACUGCAGCAGGCCAACGCGCUGCUGACGGAGGCCGAGGAGAAGCACAGGAGGGAGAAGGAAUACUUACUGGUUCAGGCUGCUGAGUGGAAACUUCAGACUCAUGCACUCAGAGAACAAGGGACAGUGAUGCAGGCGCAGCUGACACUGUAUGCUCAGAAGUUUGACGAGUUUCAGGCGACGCUGGCCAAAAGCAACGAAAUCUACGUCCGCUUCAAGAAGGAGAUGGAUAAUAUGUCGGAAAAGAUGAAAAAAAUGGACAACGAGUCAACUCUGUGGAAGACGCGGUUCGAGAACUGCAACAAGUCCCUGAAUGACAUGAUUAAUGAGAGAACCGAGAAAAGCAAAGAAUACGACGUGUUCGUCUUGCAGAUUCAGAAGCUGCAGAGGUUGUGUGACGCCCUCCAGAGGGAGAGGGUAAUGCUCUAUGAAAAGAUCAAGCAAGUCCAGAAGACUAACUCCAACAUCCCAGCAAAGGUCUUCGGCAGCCUUAAAGCCGAAGACGAAUCUACCACGCUGUCCCCUUUUGAGCUCCAGGAGCUCCAGGAGAUCCAGAGGGAGGACCCGGUCUUAACUGAGGACAUGUCUCGUCUGAGGGAGGAACAGAUCAAGCUGCAGGAGAUUGCCGACUCCCUAUUGUCCACACCUGCCGACAAUGACGAAGAGGACAAAAAGGAUGUAGACCCCGAAGAAGACUUGGUGGCUUCUGCGUUUGACCAUUUCAAUCCCAAAGCUCAGGUGGUCGAUGUCAAACCAGAGGCAUCAGUUGUCCCACAGCCAGAAAAAGUGGAGGAAGUUCCAAAGCCAGCCACGUCCACAGCAGUGGAGAACACUUCUGAAAUGAUGACAGACACAAAAUCAGACGCAGAAAAAGUUCCGACCCAGGUUGUGGACAAAGAGGUGCAACCAGUCAAAGCAGAGAAGGAGAUCCAGCAGCAACCUGCUGAGCCUGAGAAAGUCAAGAUCGAUCCACAAACUGACCCAAAACCAGAAGCAGCAGUGGCUUUGACCUUGGUCAAGGCUGCUGAGCUCAAACCAGUGGAAGACGUGAAGGUCCAGGCUGAAGCAGUUAAAGUACCAGAAGAAGUACCAACCAAGUCCGAGUCAGCUACACCCUCCAAAAACACACCUACAAUGGCUGCCUCCUCCACUGCUGAGCCCUCCAAGAAGCAAACACCGAAGAAAAAGAAGAAGAGGAACGGCAAGAAUGCUAGCUAAAGUUCAGGGUGUUCAGAAGGUGUGUUUUGUGGUGUUAUUCGGGUAUACUGUGUGUGUGUGUGUGUGCAUCGCUGAAAUCAAACUGUGCCUUUGCUUCUUUCAUAACAGUUCAAAUCUUUAGUUUGUCCCAAAAGUGUCAUGAAGAGUGAACGUUUUUGCCUUUUGCCUUAAAACAAAAGGCCAAAACAAAACCAUUGGUUGGUAUCUAUGCCAGUAAAUUUGCAGUGUCUCUUUAAAGUAAAAAUCACAGCGACUCCAAUAAAGUCAUUUUUUGACAAUCUG